AUGUCGUCCUUCCCCACGACCCCCAUCGCCAAACUCACAGGCCACACCGGCAUCGUCCACGCCGUCGCCUACUCCUCCGGCGCCCAAACCUACAUCCUAACCGGCUCCUCGGACCGACAAAUCCGUCUCUACAACCCGUCCAAGGCACCGCCCACGAGCCUCACCCCCAGCACCUCGUCGGAGCGCCCCGCGGGCCUCGUCAACAAAUACACCGCGCACGGCUACGAAGUCCUCUCCCUUGCCAUCGCCGCCUCAAACGACAAAUUCGUGUCUACGGGCGGCGACAAGACCGUGUUUCUGUGGGAUGUACAAACGGCCCAGACAAUCCAGCGCUGGACGGGCCACGCCGGGCGCGUGAAUCGCGGUGUCUUUGGUGGCGACGAUGAUGGUGUGGUGGUGACGGGGUCGUUUGAUGGUACGGUGAGGGUGUGGGAUACCAAGUCUAGGGCGCAUAAACCUAUUAUGACGCUGUCGGAUGCUAAGGAUAGUAUUUCGGAUGUUGCGGUUCAUGACGCGCAGAUCCUGGCGGCGAGUGUGGAUGGGAGGGUUCGCUGCUAUGACCUCAGAACUGGCAUGUGUGAGGUCGAUGUUAUCGGUGCGUCGUGCACUAGUUUGGAUAUCAGUAAGAAGGGCACUGAGGUGCUUGUCAGUUCCCUAGAUUCUACAAUCAGGCUCAUGGAUCGCGAGAAUGGCGAGAUGUUGAAGAAAUACACGGAUGAGGCGUUUGUGAAUACAGAGUUGAGGGUUAGGAGCACAUUGGGCCUGAAUGAUAGUGUCGUGCUUAGUGGAAGUGACGAUGGUUUGGUUUUUGCCUGGGAUAUGCUGGGCGGCACUUGUUUGCAUCGGUUCAAGCAUUCCGAGAUGAGGGAGGUUGAGGGUUUGACGGCUGCGACGCAGGCGAAGGCGAAGGGGAAGAAGGAUGUCGUGUCUGCUGUGGCGUUUUGCGAGAAGAGGAGGGAGUGGUGUAGUGGAGGUGGUGAUGGGAAUGUUGUUGUUUGGGGUAUGGGAAGUUGA